AUGGAAUAUUCUACACAUGUAUUCAUUCAACAAUCACCUAUAACAGAACAAAAUUUUGAAGCGAAACUUCAGGAUAUAUCAGAUCAAAUAACAACAAAUGGUUGUAUAUCUCCUAAUGUAUUUGCUCCAUUUACAAAUCUUGUUGUACAACAAGCAGUCGUUUCAUCAAGACAUAUCGCAUUUUUACUAGAAGAUGGACGAAUUUGUCGAGUAUCAUUUCGUAUACAUGCUGAUAAAAUUGAAACGAAUCCAACAGAAAUAUCGAAACCUAAAGCAAAACAUGUAACAUCUCAAACAAUUCGUCCACAAUCUCGUCAUGCAAUUCAUCGACCAAAUUUUGAAAAUCUUAUAUUAUCAUCAUCAAAUUCAUCUAUUGCUGCUGCAGCCGUAGCAGCUGCAGCUGCAACUAAUAAUACAAAUGGACAAAUAGAUAUAUUACCACAUUUACAAACUGGUCAUCCAUUUAGUCGACAACGACAUCAUGUCAUUCGAACAGCACGUGGAAGAACAGGAAUUAUUUUUGGUUCAAGACCGUUAAUACCAGCAUCGAAUGUACCAGAAGAAUUAAUUGAACAAGUUCAAGUUGUUCUACAAGGAAAAUCACGAAAUAUUAUUCUACGAGAAUUACAACGAACUAAUUUAGAUGUUAAUAUGGCUGUAAAUAAUUUACUUGCACGUGAUGAUGACGGUCGUCGUGCGUUAGAAUUAAUUCUUGCGGAUUGGUCUGCUGUUAAAUCUAUGUUAUUAUGUGGUUGUCCUGAUGAUUUAGAUUUCAAUCAAAAUAAACAAACAGCAUCUUCUAUUAAAUUAUCAACUCCACCAAUAAUAUCAACAUAUCCUAAUGAAAAUUUAUUUUCCUUAGAUGAACAACAACAAACAAGUCAAUUAGAUCGUUUUACUUAUUUUCUUCUUGUUAAAUGUUAUUCAAUUAAACAAACAAAUGAUCUUCUUGAUAUAUUAUUAAAUACUUUAAUACGUGAAAUAUCAAAUCCUAUUCAUCAUGAUAUAGCUCAUUAUAUUACUUCACGUUUUAUUCGUAGUGUUAUUCGUUUAUUUAUUAUUUUAAGUCUUCAAAUAUCAUCCGAUAAAUCUUCAACAACAAUUAAACGUACUACAACAAAUUCAAGUUUAUCAUCAUCAUCAUCAUCGUCAAUACUUAAUGGACCGCAAUUAAUUCUCUAUCAAUGUAAACGUAUAUUUCAAACAUUAACAAAUAUAUCUAUUGAGGCACUUGUACAUAUGGCAGAUUUAUUAUUUGCACCUGUUCGUCAUGGUAUUGCAAAACCUAUUGCUAUGUUUAGUCUUUUAUCAACACACACAGAUAUAUUACAAAGUCUUGAAGAAAUAUUUAAUAUUGAUUCGGAACAUUCUCGUGCUUAUCAACGUUCAUCAUCGACUACUACAGAAACUAGUAUAAAAUCAAAUUUAGUUGAUAAUGAUAAUAUGCUAGCAAAUACAAAUAAUGAUUCAAUUGAAGAUGAUGAUAAUAAUUCGGAUACACAAUCACAACAUGAAAUAAUUCAUACGAAUAUCAAUGAACGACAAAUCAUACAUGAAAAUCUUGCAACAAGUUUAAGUGAUAAUGAAAGUGAAAUGGAACUGGAAUUACUUGCUGAAUCGGAUAGUGAUAAUGAAAGUAAUCAUAGUGCAUUAAAUUUAAAUAUACAUCGAACAUCAGCUAUAGGUGGAAGUGAAAAUAUGGCGUUAUUUUCUGAUGAUGAUAAUUCGGAAUCAGAUGAUGCAGAUAGUGUUCGAAGUGAAAGUGUUUUAGGUGAAGGUGAUGAUAUAAGUCAAUCAGAACCAAUGAUAUUUGAAGAUACACGAGAUGCUUUAACUAAUACUGCAACAAUAUCAUCAUCGACAACAGCUAAUAAUGGAACUAUAACAUCAUCUUCAAAUAAUAAUUCAAUAGGAUCAAAUAUACAAACAGCAAAUAAUCCAUUGAAUAUAUCACGAUUAACAUCGAGAAAUGCUAUUACUGGUUCUUUAUUUGCUGAUAGUCAUUCUCGACGUCAAGUAGUUCCUGCUACACCUUUAACGCCAAAUUUAAGUCAUUCAAUAUCUUCUCAACAACAAACAAAUACGAUUUCAGUAAAUACAACAAAUUCUUUAUUAGCAAGAGCUUUUGCUAUUCUUAUUCGACAAAUAACUGAUUUACUUAUUCGAUGGCCAACUAUAUUAUCCGAUUCAUCUUCACCGCAUGAUAUGCUAACAAUGAACGAACAAAAUUCUAUCGAAACGAUACAAAAUAAAAUUGAACAAUGUUUAUUACCAAGUUGGCAAUGGUUUGCAACUGUAAUGGAUUCAUUUGAAUCACAAUUACGUUUUGGUAUGACGUUAAGUAAUUUAACACAUAAUGAAAAUGAUACAACAUGUCAUGGUAAUCGUUUUCUUAAAAAUCUUAUUGAUCGUGCACAAAUUGAAACAAAGAAAAAACCAGCACCAACUACAACAACAACAAAUCGUAUAAAUAAUAUACCAAUAAAUGGUAAAGAUCUUUUAUUUUCGCUAAUCAUACAUUUUAUUAUUGAUUUAGAUAAACCUGUUAAUAAUCGUCUUGAUUUUCUUAAUUAUUCAUUAUCAUUAAUGCGUUCCACACAUGAACAUGGUGAUCAAGAACCAUUAAUUGAUGUUUUAUCAUAUAAACAUCUUGCUUAUUUACUUGAUGGAUUUAUUUAUUAUUUUCGUGAAAAUGGUUUAAAUGAAAAUAAACAAACAAAUAAAUCUUUAAUAACAAAUUCAAAAGAAGCUAAUAAUGAAAACGACACAAUAACAUCAAAGAAUUCAUUUUUUCAACGUUCAUCAUCAACAUUAUGUCUUAGUUCAUUAGGACCUGAUGCAUUUCAAAUAUCUAUUGAUGAUUCAUUACCAUUAGCAUGUCGUCCACAAUUAUUACAACCUGUUUGUCGAAAAGAAGAUCUAUUUGGAAGAUUUCUAUAUGAUCAAACAGCAAUGAAAUAUUCUCAAAUACCAUCACAAUUAAGUUUAACCAAUCGUGAACAUUCAAUACCAGAUUUUUUACAACCAAAUUAUUUAAAUUUAAUUAAUCAAACGAAUAAAAAUAUUCAAGAAAAAACAAAUACGAAAACAAGAGAUGAUGAUCGUAUGGCUGUUGAUGUGCUACUUGAUUUAAGUGCUGGUUUAACUGCAUCAAAUAAAUCUUCUACAAAACAAUCAAUAUUACAUUCAAUUGUUCAUAAUGGUUCCUAUGAAUAUUUGUUAGCACGAUGGAAAAUUUCAAUAGAAUUAUUUGUUAAAUUAUUUUUGGAUGAUGUUGGUAGCGAACCAGGUUCAAUAAUUAAUGAAUCAAGUGGAUUUUCUGCACGUGAACAACGUUUUCGUCAUGAUAUGGAAAGACUUAAAAAUAUACAUCAAAAAGAUAUUCGUUUUGAAUCGAUGGAACGUGAUCGAAUAUUAUUAAUACAAAAAACAUUUCGAACACUUAAUACAUAUUAUUAUCGUAAUCAAAAUAUAAAUUCAUCGUCAUCUAUACCACCAUUAGCUGUACAACGUGUUAAAGUUACAUUUAAAGAUGAACCUGGAGAAGGAAGUGGUGUAGCAAGAAGUUUCUAUGCAUCAAUUAUUGAAGCUAUUUUAUCUGAAGAAAAAUUGCCUGUACUCGAAUUAGGUGCUUAUGGUGUGUCAUCUGCAUCUCAAUCUUCAUCUGGUUCUUCUCAUUCUCAUCGACAUUCACGUUCAUCUCGUGAUCGACGUACAGCAUUAGCUUCAUAUUUACGUAGUGAUCGACGUUCAACAGCAAUGCUUCUAUCAUCUGAAGCACGACCAUUCAAAUUAAAUCUACCAUCAUCAUUAACAGAUACAACAAGUAAUAAUUCCGAUUUAUCAUCAUCUUCAUCGUCGAUAAUUGAACAUUGGACACCAAGUAAAAUAAAAAUUGGACUUAAUAUAUAUCCAAAAAUUGCAGCUAUUCAACCAUAUCAUGUUGAAAAAAUUACUGGAAUGUUAUUAGAAGGUUUACCAACACCACAAUUACAACGCAUGAUGAAUAUUGAAGAAGAUUUAAAAAUUAAAAUUGAUGAAGCUAUGAAUAUUUUAACAGCACAAAAUAUACGUGAAACACAACAAAAUGACUUAUCAACAGCGCCACCACCACCACCACCGACAACAAAUGAACGUUUAGUAAAUAAUAAACAAUUAAAUGAAUUUACACCAUUAUUUUGGCAACCGGAUAAAAAAGGUGUUUAUGCAUUAAGACCAGGAAAACCUACACCAGAACGUUUAACUGCAUAUCGAAAUGUUGGAAGAUUAAUUGGUUUAUGUUUAUUACAAAAUGAACUUUUUCCAUUACCAUUAUGUCGUCAUGUUAUAAAAUAUAUUUUAAAUCGACAAAUACGUUGGCAUGAUUUAGCAUUUUUUGAUUCAACUAUGUAUGAAAAUUUACGUCGAACAGCAUUUGAUGCUGAAAAAAAUGGAGCUAAAUAUAUUGAUGAUUUACAUUUAGCAUUUUCAAUGACUGUUACAGAAAAAGAAGGUGGUGAAACUUAUGAUUUAAUUCGUGAUGGUUCAUCAAAAGAUGUUACUUAUUCGAAUUUAUACGAAUUUAUUAAACGUUAUGCUGAAUUUCGGAUGGUUCAUCUUGUUGAACAAUCUCUUCAACAUUUACGUUUAGGUGUAUUCGAUGUUUUACCUUCUAAUUCACUUGAUUAUUUAAGUCCAGAAGAUUUUCGUUUACUUCUUAAUGGUACAAGUAAUAUUAAUGUAACAACAUUAAUGACAUAUACAACAUUUAAUGAUGAAAGUGGUGAAACAAGUGAGCGUAUAAACCAGUUUAAAAAAUGGUUUUGGUCAGUUUUAGAAAAAUUUAAUUCAGUUGAACGACAAGAUUUAAUUUAUUUUUGGACGGGUAGUCCAGCAUUACCUGCAUCAGAAGCUGGCUUUCAACCACAACCAUCUGUUACUAUUCGACCAGCUGACGAUCAACAUUUACCAACAGCAAAUACAUGUAUUAGUCGUUUAUAUGUUCCAUUAUAUUCGUCAAAGACGAUAUUAAAAUCAAAAUUACAGUAUGCAAUAAAAACAAAAAUGUUUGGUUUUGUAUAA